GGCCGCCGCGGGAGCAUCCUCCGCCGCCGCCCGUCCCCGGGACGCCGGGCAGCAUCCCCCCCUCCCCGCCCCGUCCCGGGCAGAUGUUGGGGAGCAGAGGGCACAGGCAGAGCCGCUAAGGGCGGGGGCCGGCACCGGCAGCGCCUCCCUGCCCGCGGCUGGGGCGGCUCGGGCCCCCGAAGGCACGGCGAGGAGGAGCUACGGAGCCCGCAGACGGCAGGGCAAGACGAGGGGGGCUCGCCCGGCCAUGGCACCCCGGCGCUGAAGCCGCCCCGCCACAGCCCGCAGCCCCCCGGCCCCGCCAUGGCCGCGCCGCUCUAGGCAUCCCCCCGGCUCGCCCCGCGUCCCCCCGGCUCCCCCGGGGCCGCUGGCCAGAGGAUGGACGAAGAUGGACCGCGAGCGGCCGAGGAGGAUCCGGAGCCGGGCAGAGCCAAGAAUUUCAUCCGCCUUAAUGACCUGUCCGGGGCCGGGGGCCACUCGGGGCCGGGGGACAGGGAGGCGGGCAGCGGCGACUCGGAGGCGGAGGCGCUGCCCUACCCUGCGCUGGCCCCCGUCGUCUUUUUCUACCUGAGCCAGGAGAGCCGGCCGCGGAGCUGGUGCCUCCGGCUGGUCUGUAACCCGUGGUUUGAGAGGGUCAGCAUGCUGGUGAUCCUGCUCAACUGUGUGACCCUGGGCAUGUUCCACCCCUGCGAGGACAUCGCCUGCGACUCGCCGCGCUGCAGGAUCCUCCAGAGCUUUGAUGACUUCAUCUUUGCCUUCUUUGCUGUGGAAAUGAUUGUCAAAAUGAUUGCUCUGGGGAUUUUUGGGAAGAAAUGCUACCUGGGAGACACGUGGAACCGCCUGGACUUCUUCAUUGUCAUUGCAGGGAUGCUGGAGUACUCCCUGGACCUGCAGAACGUCAGCUUCUCAGCCGUCCGCACCGUGCGAGUCCUGCGGCCGCUCAGGGCCAUCAACAGGGUCCCCAGUAUGCGCAUCCUGGUGACGCUGCUCCUGGACACGCUGCCCAUGCUGGGGAACGUCCUCCUGCUCUGCUUCUUCGUCUUCUUCAUCUUCGGCAUUGUGGGGGUCCAGCUGUGGGCAGGUUUGCUCAGGAACCGCUGCUUCCUCCCCGAGAACUUCAGCAUCCCCUACACAGUAGAUUUGGAGCGGUACUACCAGACAGAGAACGAGGAUGAGAAUCCCUUCAUCUGCUCCCAGCCCCGGGAGAACGGGAUGCGCUACUGCCGGAGCAUCCCCACACGGAGGGAGGAGGGCCUGGAGUGCACCCUGGAUUAUUAUUCCUACAAUGACACCACCAACACCUCUUGUGUGAACUGGAACCAGUACUACACCAACUGCUCUGCUGGGGAGCACAACCCCUUCAAGGGAGCCAUCAACUUCGAUAACAUUGGCUACGCCUGGAUUGCCAUAUUUCAGGUCAUCACGCUGGAAGGCUGGGUGGACAUCAUGUACUUUGUCAUGGAUGCACACUCCUUCUACAACUUCAUCUACUUCAUACUCCUGAUCAUUGUGGGCUCCUUCUUCAUGAUCAACCUGUGCCUGGUGGUGAUAGCGACGCAGUUCUCCGAGACCAAGCAGCGCGAGAGCCAGCUGAUGAAGGAGCAGCGCGUGCGCUACCUGUCCAACGCCAGCACCCUGGCCAGCUUCUCGGAGCCGGGCAGCUGCUACGACGAGCUGCUCAAGUACCUGGUGUACAUCGCCCGGAAGGGCAGCAAGCAGCUGGUGAAGGCCUACAGGGCCGCAGGCGUGAGGAUGGGCCUCCUCAGCAGCCCCGGCAGCAAGGCGGGGGCCGAGCGGCACGCCAGGAAGCGCCGGGGCAGGAAGAGAUCCUCCGUGCACCACCUCAUCCACCACCACCACCACCACCACCACCACUACCACCUGGGCAACGGCCACCUGCGCGCGCCGCGCGCCAGCCCCGAGAUCAGCGACGUGGAGACCGGCUCGCUGCACAACGGCACCGGCCGCCUCAUGCUGCCCCCCUCGGCCCCCAACUCCCUGGGGGCGCCCAGCGCUUCCCCCAGCAACACCGAGUCCGUGCACAGCAUCUACCACGCCGACUGCCACUUCGAGCCCGUGCGCUGCCGGGCGUCCCUCGCGCAGCCCAGCCUCGGCCUGCCCAGCCCCGAGGGGAUCCCCAAGAGCAUGGUGGGCAGCAAGGUGUACCCCACAGUGCACUCCAGCACCUCCCACGAGGUGCUGAAGGAGAAGAACCUGGGGGAGGCGGCCGUGGGUGCUGGGAGCAGCACCUUGACGAGCCUCAACAUCCCGCCCGGGCCCUACAGCACCAUGCACAAGCUGCUGGAGACACAGAGCACAGGGUUCUUUUCAGUCCACGUUACAGAGAAAGGCGAUGGCUUUCCAGGUCCCUGCCAAAGCUCCUGCAAGAUCUCCAGCCCCUGCACCAAGCUGGAAGGGGGCUCCUGCAGCCCCGAGAGCUGCCCCUACUGCCUGGCAGCGCUGGCCGGCGAGGCCGAGCUGUCGGACAACGAGACGGCCGACUCCGACAGCGAGGGCGUCUACGAGUUCACACAGGAUGCCCACUACAGCGACCAGAGGGACCCCCAGAGGGGCAGGGCCAGGGCCAGGAGAGCCCACCUGGUGCUGGCCUUCUGGCAGGUGGUGUGCGAGACCUUCCGCAAGAUCGUGGACAGCAAGUAUUUCGGCCGUGGGAUCAUGGUGGCCAUUCUCAUCAACACGCUCAGCAUGGGAAUCGAGUACCACGAGCAGCCAGAGGAACUUACCAAUGCCCUGGAGAUCAGCAACAUCGUCUUCACAAGCCUCUUUGCCCUGGAGAUGCUGUUGAAACUCCUUGUUUAUGGUCCUUUUGGCUACAUUAAGAAUCCAUACAACAUCUUUGAUGGGAUCAUUGUGGUGAUUAGCGUGUGGGAGAUCGUGGGCCAGCAGGGCGGGGGGCUGUCGGUGCUGCGCACCUUCCGCCUGAUGCGCGUGCUGAAGCUGGUGCGCUUCAUGCCCGCCCUGCAACGCCAGCUCGUCGUCCUCAUGAAGACCAUGGACAACGUGGCCACCUUCUGCAUGCUGCUGAUGCUCUUCAUCUUCAUCUUCAGCAUCCUGGGCAUGCACCUCUUUGGCUGUAAGUUUGCUUCAGAACGGGAUGGGGACACUCUGCCCGACAGGAAGAACUUUGACUCCUUGCUCUGGGCCAUCGUCACUGUUUUCCAGAUUCUGACCCAGGAAGACUGGAACAAGGUCCUUUACAAUGGCAUGGCCUCCACCUCCUCCUGGGCUGCUCUCUACUUCAUCGCUCUCAUGACGUUUGGGAACUACGUUCUCUUCAACCUGCUGGUGGCCAUCCUGGUGGAGGGUUUCCAGACAGAGGAGAUCUCCAAGCGAGAAGAAGCGAGUGGGCAGUUAAGCUGUAUUCAGCUGCCUGUCGACUCGUCGGGGGGUGAUGCUUCCAAGUCUGAUUCCGAGGGGGAUGUCUUCCCCCGCAGCCUGGAAGAGGAGGGAGAACUUAAGAAAAACUUGUCAAAUCCAGCCUUGAUGGCCCUGAGCGACCCGGCGGAGCUGAAGAAGAGCCUGACCCCGCCGCUGAUCAUCCACACGGCCGCCACGCCCAUGCCCAUGCCCAAGAGCGCCGUGUUCGGGGACGCGGCUCAGGGCUACGAGUCCCGCCGGGCCAGCGGCGUCUCCGUGGAGCCCGUGGCCACCCACGAGCUCAAGUCCCCGCCCAGCAGCCGCAGCUCCCCGCACAGCCCCUGGCGGGCCAGCAGCGCCUGGAACAGCCGCCGCUCCAGCUGGAACAGCCUCGGCCGGGCGCCCAGCCUCAAGCGGCGGGCGCAGAGCGGCGAGCGGCGGUCGCUGCUGUCCGGGGAGGGCAAUGACAGCUCCGGGGACGGCGACAGCUCCGACGAGGAGCGCUCCAGCCGCGCCGGCAGCUUCAAUGGCUCUCUGCCCCAGCGCAUGGAGUCGCUGGAGACCAAAGGCUCCUUUGACCUCCAGGAUACUCUGCAGGUGCCUUCCCUGUACCGCAGCGGCAGCAUGCACAGCACCAGAACCUCCGUGUCCGAGCACCAGGACUGCAACGGGAGAACCUCCCCGGGCCUGCUGCUGCACCAGGUCCACCUGGAUGAGCCCCCGCCCGACGGCGAUGACGGCGAUGAUGAAGGCAGCAUGAGCAAGAGGGAUCGCCUGAGGGCCUGGGCUCGGGCACAGCUCCCCAGCUGCUGCAAGGACAGGGACUCCUGGUCCAUCUACAUCUUCGCCCCUCACUCCAGAUUCCGUCUGAUGUGCAAUAAAAUCAUCACUCACAAGAUGUUUGAUCACGUUGUCUUGGUGAUCAUUUUCCUGAACUGCAUUACCAUUGCCAUGGAACGACCCAAAAUUGAGCCGCACAGCGCUGAACGGAUUUUCCUAACGCUCUCCAACUACAUCUUUACAGUCAUCUUCCUGGCUGAGAUGACAGUUAAGGUGGUGGCACUAGGCUUGUGUUUUGGGGAGAAAGCCUACUUGAAGAGCAGCUGGAAUGUGCUGGAUGGGGUGCUGGUGCUCAUCUCCGUCAUCGACAUCCUGGUUUCGAUGGUGUCAGACAGCGGCACGAAGAUCCUGGGGAUGCUGCGGGUUCUGAGGCUGCUGAGGACACUGCGGCCCCUGAGAGUCAUCAGUCGAGCCCAAGGUCUGAAGUUGGUGGUGGAGACACUCAUGUCAUCCUUGAAACCCAUUGGGAACAUUGUGGUCAUCUGCUGUGCCUUUUUCAUAAUCUUUGGGAUCUUGGGAGUUCAGCUUUUCAAAGGCAAGUUUUUCGUCUGCCAGGGGGAGGACACCAGAAACAUCACAAAUAAAUCGGAUUGUACAGAAGCAAGCUACAAAUGGGUCCGGCACAAGUAUAAUUUUGAUAAUCUCGGCCAGGCCCUGAUGUCUCUCUUUGUCCUGGCCUCCAAGGACGGGUGGGUGGAUAUCAUGUACGAUGGCUUGGAUGCUGUGGGAGUCGACCAGCAGCCAGUCAUGAACUACAAUCCAUGGAUGCUCCUCUACUUCAUUUCCUUUUUGCUGAUUGUGGCCUUCUUCGUCCUCAACAUGUUUGUGGGGGUGGUGGUGGAGAAUUUCCACAAGUGUCGGCAGCACCAGGAGGAGGAAGAAGCCAAGAGGCGGGAGGAGAAGAGGCUCCGGCGGCUGGAGAAAAAGAGAAGGAGUAAGGAGAAACAGAUGGCUGAUCUAAUGCUGGAUGAUGUGUUAAUGGAGAGCUCAGCCAGUGCAGUGCAAGAGGCUCAGUGCAAGCCCUACUACUCGGAUUACUCCCGCUUCCGCCUCCUGAUCCACCAGAUGUGCACCAGCCACUACCUGGACCUGUUCAUCACCGGCGUCAUCGGCCUCAACGUCAUCACCAUGGCCAUGGAGCACUACCAGCAGCCAAAGGUUCUUGACGAAGCCCUGAAGAUUUGCAAUUACAUCUUCACCGUUAUCUUUGUCCUGGAAUCUGUUUUCAAGCUCAUUGCCUUCGGGUUUCGCCGCUUCUUCCAAGACAGAUGGAACCAAUUAGAUCUGGCAAUUGUGCUGCUGUCUAUCAUGGGCAUCACUUUGGAAGAGAUCGAGGUGAACGCUUCCCUUCCAAUUAACCCCACGAUUAUCCGGAUCAUGAGGGUUCUCAGGAUCGCUCGAGUGCUGAAGUUGCUGAAGAUGGCUGUGGGGAUGAGGGCCCUCCUGGACACUGUGAUGCAAGCACUGCCGCAGGUGGGGAAUCUGGGCCUUCUCUUCAUGUUGUUAUUUUUCAUAUUUGCAGCUCUUGGAGUGGAGCUGUUUGGAGACCUAGAGUGUGAUGACACACACCCCUGCGAGGGGCUGGGACGGCACGCCACGUUCAGGAACUUUGGCAUGGCCUUCCUGACCCUCUUCCGAGUAUCCACAGGAGAUAACUGGAACGGGAUAAUGAAGGACACGCUGCGUGACUGUGACCAGGAGUCCACCUGCUACAACACCGUCAUCUCCCCCAUCUACUUCGUCUCCUUCGUGCUGACAGCCCAGUUUGUCCUGGUCAACGUGGUGAUCGCCGUGCUCAUGAAGCACUUGGAGGAGAGCAACAAGGAGGCAAAGGAGGAGGCAGAGCUGGAGGCAGAGCUGGAGAUGGAGAUGAAGACCAUCAGCCCCGGCCAGCACAGCCCCUCAGACAUCUUCACCUGGACAGGCACCAGCGGUGGAGAGAGACCCGAGAGCCCCCAUGGAUUCACCAACCCCAUGCAAAUAAAGGUGGAUUCUCAGCUCUCACUAGCCUAUCAUAUGGCUGACCUGCGCUCCAAGGACGACGCGCUGGCGCUGUCCCCCAGCAAGGACCUGCUGAGUGUGAGGAAGCCCUCGGUGGGACGCACGCACUCCCUGCCCAACGACAGCUACAUGUUCCAGCCCUACUGCAGCCCCUGCCCUGCCUCCCUGGCCGACAGGAAACCAGCACACCACAAGUCCCAGUCAGGUUCAAAGGCGUCGGUGCAGUCACAGCCAGCAGACACCAGCUCCCUCCUGCAGAUCCCAAAGGACCAUUUCCACCCUGUGAGAGCCCAUGACCGUGUGGUGGGGGACAGCAAGCCCCAGGUGUCCCAGCAGCUGCACUCCCCUUCUGCUGAAAGGCUGCUCCGCAGACAGAUGGCUAUAAGGAACGACUCUCUGGACAGCAAGGAGAAUCUCCACACCGAGGUGAGUGAACUCUCUGACCCAAAUGCUCCCAAGGAGGAGUCACCAGUGGCUCUGGCACCCUCAGAAGAGAAUGAGUUGGCUGCCUGGAGUCGGGCGAGCGUCCAUACGCAGCAGCAUUCCCACAAUCAGUAUAAUAUUUCAAAGCAGGCACCAGCAUCCUGUGCUUGUGCAGACUCAUAUCAGGAGACCCCUGAAGAUUCAAUGGACCAAGAAGUAUCUGAAAUAAACAGCUCCUCGGAGCCUUUCACUUCAGAAACUUGCACAGCCUCGAGUGCCUGUUCAGAGGGUCAGCCUCUCACCCCCCAGAGGAGCGCGGGCAAUACCGGCAGCGUGGCACUGAAGGACCUGAAGAAAUGCCACAGUGUAGACACCCAGGGUCUGCUAAAAAAACUGCCCUCUUGGCUAGAUGAUCAAAGGAGACAUUCAAUAGAGAUCUGCUCCAUAGAGAACAGCCCCCAGCACCAUUCCACGUCCAGCUCCUCUGGCUUUAUAAGUCAGGUGGUGAGUGAGAUGGAAUGCCUGCAAGGCACACGGCAGAAGAAGAAACUGAGCCCUCCCUGUAUAUCCAUAGAUCCACCUGAUGGGCAGAGCUUGGUACCCAGGGGACCCCACAGCAUCUCACCUGCCCGUGGGGACGUCUGCUUGAGGAGGCGUGCUCCGUCCUGUGAGUCCAAGGAUUCCAUGGAUAUCGGGGAUUCGCUGCUUCCAGACAGCAUGGCAGCAUCUCCUACCCCAAAGAAAGACCUGUUGACACUUCCUAGCUUUUCCUUUGAUCAAACAGAAACGGACUCCUGAGUUAACUUUUCUGUUGGUGCCAAAUAUCUUCUUCCUUUCAUGUAAUAGGAAAAAAAAAAAAAAAAAAUUAAAAAACUCUGUACUCCAAAAUGGCACUGGGUAAAAAAAUUUCCAAAGAAAGAUUAAAGAACCAGCUGGUUAAAAGAGUGGUUAACCUAUAUCACGCUUACUUAAGCAUAUGUUCUGCUUAGGUAAAAGCAAUACAAUGUGCAGAAUCUAUAUGUAUAUUAUAUUUUAUUAAAUUAAUUGAAUCUAGUAUUGCGGGAUGUAGUACAUUUUGUGACUAAAGACUCAUUUAAUUUCCUUCUAUUUUACGUAUCUCAGAAUAUUUCUGAGAUAAAGUUGGUUUCUACGAAUAUUUUAAUCUAAAAAAUAUAUAUUUGAUCCCUUCUCUUUUUUUUUUUUUUUUGGUUUUGUUUUGUUUGGGUUUCGUUUUGUUUUGCAAAGCACAAAAUGUAGCCAAUUAGUGCAUUACAGAGGAAAUGUAUCCCACAGUCAGCACUAAAUAAGGAUUAUUUAAUGUAAUUUAUUUUUCCCCUUGGACUUCAAUGAUAUUCUGGGAAAAUGAUUGUUUGCAUAGUACAGAAAUGCAAUGGCAAUUUUUAAACAAAAUAUUCCAAUCUUGCAUAAAAUUGACAUUCAGAGUGUAAAAGCAAGUGCUCAGACCCAGGAAGGUCCAACAUGCUGAUGUCUGAGGAUGGUGAGGGCAGAGCCAUUUAACAGUACAAGAUACUGAAUUAUGAAAGGAUGUUACAGAUCAUCCACUGGCAACUCACAAAAUCAUGUCAAUGGUUAAUUUUCAUACAUUACUAGGAAACAGGCAGCAAAGGCCUGUGGUCACUUCUGAGAUGUUUUUGCAGUAUCUUCAGGAUGGACUUUUUAUUUUGCUGAGUUUUACACCUCCCUCAUCCCUCUGUUUUCAGCAGAGCUCCUCCUCUCUGCACUCUGUGGAACGGAGAGUGAGGUCAAGGUUAGGACUUGCAGUGGGUGGAAUUGGGGCAGACAUGGCACAACAAUGGGCUUAAGCACACGCCUUAAGUUAAGCUCUGGCCUAGAAUGCCUGGAGCUUGAUCAUAUUAAAGUAAUUCUUGAAAACUAAAAUCAUAUGCUACUGAAUCAAGGCACUUCUGCAAGUUAUUUUACAAAUACAUAGAAGCAAGUCUGCAAGUACUGAAAUGACUGCUGAUUUUCAGUAUAUUCCAGGUAUUUUUGCUAUCACUGCUAGAGUUAAUUUACAUGACCCCGACUGCAAUUUUAUUUCCAAUCCAUCAAUAGCCUUAAGCAGCAACAUGAUGAAACAAAGUGGAUAAACCCAAGAUUCAUGCCCUUACUUUAUAACAUCAGUGAUCUCAAAAACUACCUGUGCUAAUGCCCUCUGCCAAGAGAAAUCUCUAAAAUUGGACAGCACAGUCUGAAAACCAUGCAAGGUUGGCCCCAUUCGACACCUCCUCCUCCUCAAAUAGUCAUUUGAUGGAAGCCAGACAUUAACUCCACUCCACUUCCAUGAAAUCACAUUAAGAGGAAGGCUAAAUUAGACUGCAGGCAUGCUUUGAAGUGUGCCAAUAGUCACAGGCUUGGAACCAAGUCCGGGGAUUGUGCCUCUGAAGCAGCACAGGCAGGAGGAGGAUUUGUGCUAAUUGUCAGUCAGGAGCUUGUAACUUUUUGAGAAAUACUGAUCUUUUCAAAUCACUGCAACAUGCUGCUGUACAGCCUUUUAUCCAUUCAGAGAUUAGGCUGUUUCCACCACGUGUAUCUGCAUUAGCUUGGAGUGUGCACACAAAGAGAUGCUGUUCAUAACCCACAGCCUAGGUGAGGUCCUAAGCCCCUUUAUUUUCACUUGAUGAUGUUUACUCCAUAAAAAAUCUACAUGUUCAGGAGAAAUGUAAGGGCUUUCAGCAGGAAGUCAGGCAAUCAGUGUAUUUGAAGUAGGAGGAUUAACAUUCUCUACUAUUUACUGCAGUUAGAUUAAUUCUUGGCUGGGACAUUUUUCCCCUCUUCACCACAGGCCCAUAUGGAGCCUCCUCUCUUUGAGAUGCCAGCCCAAAUCCAGAGUUAAGCCUGUCUAAAGCAAUGAUUUCAAACAAACCUUUCAUCAAUUCUUCCUCCAGAUCAUAUUUAAGGAAAUAAUAAAAUUACAGUGCAUUAAGCCUGAGAAAUAUUCUUAAUCCCUUUUUGGUUUUACACCCAUAAUGAGCCCUAGCUUUUCCUUUUACAUGUGCUAAAUAGUUUGGGAAACUUGCUAGGCCACUAAAAUUUCCUUCCCUGGUUCCUUAAUGAUUAGGAUUGUGUUCACACAGCUGGAAUGAUACUACUCUUCAGAUCCUUCCUUACAAAAAACCCACUGAACAUUUUAGCUUGAAAUCAUGGCACAAAACAGUGAUGUGAUGUUAAUCCAAAUGCUCAACUCCAAAUGUAACAAAAAGCCUAAAGGCUCUUCUAUUUUAAUGCUUGGGGUUUUGCCUACUAACAAGGUUUGUGGUAGUAACAAAAAGUUUACAUCAUACAUUAAUAUUCAGUAAAGAGUAGCAAAUAAAAGAUACUCUAUGAUGAUGCUUUCAGGAAAAGAAAUCCAUGUAAAAUAGAUUGUUUUCUAAACCAGUUAAGUUUUUUCUAGAUGCCCUUUUGAAAGACAAACACAAAUGUACUGCAGUGCAUGCAAUAAUACUCAAAUCAUUUUAAAUACCUUCGGGGGGGGUUUUAUAGAAUUUGACUUUUUUAAACAAAAUGUACAAAAUCCACAGGAAUUCUGUAGAAUGGUUAUGUUGAUAGAAUUUUUUAUAUUUUUGUAGAAAUCUAUAGAGAAAUUGUUAGAAGUCUGCGUAGCAUCUUGGCAAAGGAAGCAGCUCUUACCUACGAGUUUCUUUUCAUAAACCUGGAGCUAGGCCUGCUCUAUUAGAACAUGGAGAGCAGUUUCACACCUGCACCAGGCCGUGUUCAGGAGUCAGCUAAGCUGGAGCUCUCGAUAUUGCAGUGCUAUUACUGUCCAAGAAGUGUCCCCACACCAAACACCUCCCCAGAGCUCAGCCCCUGCCCGUGGUGAAGUAGUUGCAUGGCUCUCCAGCUCAUUCAAGCACACCAGCACUUUACUACUGUGGAUUUACAGUAUGCAGGUGGGAGGAGGAGAUUUUGUUAUUGCCAAUCUGACACAAUGGGGGAAAACAGAUUGCAGAUGUGUCUAGGAAAAUGUAAAUUCCAUUCUUGCAGCCCCUCGCUCACAGAAGUGAUUUUGCAUAACUUGGUUAGAGGUUUGUGCUGUAGAUAUUUUGGAGGAGGGCAAAGAAAACACUGUUUUUGACUUCUGUGGAUUGCACUCAGCACUAGGUGUGUUCAAGGAGAAAAUAAAAAACAAGGGAAGAAAAAAAAAAAAAGAAAACAAAAGCAUUACCACUGUAAAUUAGGCUAUGCCCCAGUCUCCCCUUUUCUGCCCCUUUGGCUAUAAUAACCCAUGUACACUAUUACAAGAGGUGACUAGAGUAGGCACAGUACCAUUGCAAUGUCUGUAACAACUUAGUAUAUAUGAUAGAACUUUGUAUUUAAUAGUUAAUAUAUUGUUAUACUGUAUCAGGUAUAUAGGCCAAAAUGAGGUCUUUUGGUCUGGGCAACAAAAGGUGGUACUCAUGGGGAAAAUUGGAUUUAAAUGUUCCUUUUUUUUUUUAAAAAAAAAAAAAAAAAAGAAAGAAAAAAUAAAA